UGGCGGCGGGCGCGGGGCUGCCCGUGAGGGGAGAACAGCGCGGAGCCCCCUCAGCAGCACGGCCGGGGCUCGCCAUGGCCGCCGAGCGCAGGUGAUCCCGCCAUGGCCUCUCCGGAGCUCGGCAGCCCCGAGGGCCCCGCGCUGAGCCCGAGCAGCGACAGCGACGGCGACAAUGACAGGCCCAGUCGCGACAAUGACAGGCCGAGUCGGGACAGUGACAGGCCCAGUCGCGACAAUGACAGGCCCAGUCGCGACAGUGACAGGCCCAGUCGCGACAGAGAGAGGGAGAGCCCCGACAGGGAGAGGCGGAGCCCUGACAGGGAGAGGCGGAGUCGCGACAGGGAGAGGGGGAGUCCCGACAAUGAGAGGCUCAGUCCCGACAAUGAGAGGCUCAGUCCCGACAAUGAGAGGCUCAGUCCCGACGAGCUGCAGCUGCUGGCCAAGCUGGAGGAGCAGAACAGGCUGCUGGAGGCCGACUCCAAGUCGCUGCGCUCGGUGAACGGCUCGCGCCGCAGCUCGGGCUCGUCCCUGGUCUCCAGCUCGUCGGCCUCGUCGCAGCUGGGCCAGCCCGAGGAGGAUUCCUGGAUCCUCUGGGGCCGCAUCGUCAACGACUGGGACGAGUGGAGGAGGAAGAAGGAGAAACUGCUCAAGGAGCUGAUCCGGAAGGGGAUCCCGCACCAUUUCAGGGCCAUCGUGUGGCAGCUGCUCUGCAGCGCCCCCGAGCUGCCGCUCAAGGCUCAGUACUCGGAGCUGCUCCGCAUGAGCUCCCCCUGCGAGCGCCUGAUCCGCAGGGACAUCGCCCGCACCUACCCCGAGCACGACUUCUUCCGGGGACAGGACAGCCUGGGCCAGGAGGUGCUCUUCAACGUCAUGAAGGCCUAUUCCCUGGUGGACAGGGAGGUCGGGUACUGCCAGGGCAGCGCCUUCAUCGUGGGACUGCUGCUCAUGCAGAUGCCCGAGGAGGAGGCGUUCAGCGUCUUCGUGCGCCUGAUGCAGCAGUACCGGCUCAGGGAGCUCUUCAAACCCAGCAUGGCCCAGCUGGGGCUCUGCAUCUACCAGUUCGAGUUCCUGCUGCAGGAGCAGCUGCCCGAGCUGAACGUGCAUUUCCGCUCGCAGAGUUUCCUCACCUCCAUGUACGCCUCCUCGUGGUUCCUGACCCUGUUCCUCACCACCUUCCCCCUGCCCGUGGCCACGCGCGUCUUCGACAUCUUCAUGUACGAGGGUCUGGAGAUCGUGUUCCGCGUGGGGAUGGCGCUGCUGCAGCUCAACCAGGCCGAGCUGGUGCAGCUGGACAUGGAGGGCAUGUCCCAGUAUUUCCAGAAGGUGAUCCCGCACCAGUUCGACUCCUGCCCCGACAAACUGAUCCUGCGCGCCUGCCAGGUCAAAUACAACCCCAGGAAAAUGAAAAGGCUGGAGAAGGAAUACGCCGCCCUCAAGAGCAAAGAGAUGGAGGAACAGAUCGAGAUCAAGCGGCUCCGCUCCGAGAAUCGUUUGCUGAAGCAGCGAAUCGAGACCCUGGAGAAGGAGAGCGCGGCCCUCGCCGAUCGCCUCAUCCAGGGCCAGGUGACACGGGCGCAGGAGGCCGAGGAGAACGACGUGAUCCGGCGGGAGCUGGCGCUGGUGAGACAGCGCUGGAACACGGCAACGGAGAGUCUGAGACAGGCGCAGAGCACCAUCCGAGAGCUGCAGGGUAACCCCCGGCUGACCGAGGAGUUCGUGGCGCACCUGGAGACGGAGCUGGAGCGAUCGCGGCUGCGCGAGAGCCAAACCCUGGGGGCGCUCCAGGAGAUGAGGGACAAGGUCCUGGACAUGGAGAAGCGCCAGCCUCUCCCGGACGAUUCCCACGUGGUUCGGCUGCAGGAGGAGCUGCAGGAGCUGGGCCUGAGCGACCUGGGGGACACCUGGCAGGUGAGAGGGGACAUUGGGGACAUUGGGGACACCUGGAAGGUGCGCGGGGGCCGCUGGGAGGAGCCGCGGGCGCUGGGCGGGGCCGUGCUGGGGGUGCAGCUCCGGGACAGCCCGGCCCAGGCGGAGCUCAGGGCGCUGAGACAGAGAGUCACACACCUGGAGGAACAGGACAGGAUCCAGCGCUCGGUGUUAGGCCGGGCUGAGCAGGCCUGUGCCGGGCUCAGGGAGCAGCUCCGCGCCGCGGCCGCCCAGAGCCAGGGGCUGCAGGCCCAGCUCAGCGAGAGCCACCGGAAACACGCGGAGGCGCAGUGCAAGAGCAAGGAGGAGGUGAUGGCCGUGCGGCUGCGCGAGGCUGACAGCAUGGCCGCCCUGGCUGAGAUGAGACAGAGAGUGGCGGAGCUGGAGAUCCAGCAGGAGGAGGGGCGGCUGCAGGGCCAGCUGCAGCACUCGGACACGGCGCAGUACAUCCGGCACCUGAGGGGACACAUCCGCCAGCUCCGCGCUGAGGUCCGGCUGCUCCGGGGCCCGCUGUCCUUUGGCUCGGUGGCCUUGGGGACACCCCUGGGGGACGAGGACUCGCUGGGCUCCUCGGACGAGGAACUGCCACCGCCCUUCCCCCUGACCCCUGGGGACAUUGGGGACAUUGGGGACACUGGGGACAGCAGUGACAGCGAGCCCGAGGUGGCACCAACAGCACCGUGACACCAGGGGACACCACUGGGGACAUUGGGGACAGCCUGAGGUGGCACCAGCAGCACCGUGACACCAGGGGACACUGGGGACAUUGGGGACAGCCUGAGGUGGCACCCCAGGGACCCACAGGGACACUGGGGACAGCAAUGACACCGAACCGGAAGGGGCACUGUGACCCAUGGGGACAUCAGGGGACACUGGGGACACCCCAGGGAUCUUUGGGGACAUCAGGGGACACUGGGGACACCCCAGG